AUGUUCGAAGCACAAAAAAAACAAAAAAUUUUAACAGAAAUAACAAUAAAUUUAAGUUUGGUAUUUAUUUGGUAUUUCAAGUCUUUUUCCACGCCUUCCCAAAGCGGGUUUUCUGCCACAACAAUUUCAUCAACUUCUACCCUUCCACCACCUCCACCACUGCCUUCUAUUCAAAAAUUGUUACCUAACAUUACGGACAUUGGGUCAGGAUUUUUUUUAUUACUUCUAAUAUUUAUUUGUAGAUCAACAUUUCCUUCAAGUUCUGAAUCAUAUAUGGGUGGUUUUACUUCAAAAUCUUCAUCAAGCAUUUUUUCUGAUACUAUAACACCACAAAGGUCUAAUUUACACAUUCCAACUCAAGAAUUUCAACAACAACAAAUAUUGCAAAUUACUUCUCUAUUUAUGGAUAAGCCGUCAACCACUUCUUCGGUCACUUCACUGGCAUCUAUGUUGGUACCUCCACCACCUAUUCCACCUUCAUUACCACCUGCGCCUAUACCACCAUUUUUUCUUGACAAAACGAAAAAGACUUUUGAACAACUUUCUUCUUCCUCUCAUUCAGAAUCCUUGUCAGAUGUCUUUUGCACUCCACUACUGCCUCCCCCACCAGCACCACCUCUUUUAAUGCCUAAAUAA